GGUGACCUUUCUGCCUUCAUCUUUACUGGAACUUCCUGGAUGAUCUACCUCUCAAAUUGUCUUCAACAACUGUAUGAUUGUUAACAGAAUUGAAUUUAUUUACAUGCUAUUUUCUUUUAAGUAAAUUAAACAUGAACAAAAUAAAAACUGAAAAAUAAGUGAAACCAAAAGCUGAAGAGAAACAGCAAGUCAGAUAAUAUAACUGGAGAUUGUAGAACUGUUUAUGCUGUGGAUAAGUUUGACGUGUUGACUGUUUAAUUUUAAUGUAGAGGAUGAUUUUCUGCUGUAGUUCCAGUUUUUAAUUUUGCAUCAAAUGAAAUCUAUCUUCAUCCUUUCAAUUUCAGUUUGGUGACAUUGAGACAUUAAGUAUUUGAAAAUUAACCUCCAUGGCACAUUAUGCUGAGUCUCAGAUUUUUAUUUUUGGGGCUUGUCAGUGACCCUGUUCGGAGAGUUUGGGGUCCUACAGGUACCAUCAUCCCUGAGUAAUUUUCUCAUCUGCACAAUAUUUUUCUGUCGAACCCAGAAUCUAGUGUCCACUUAAGGUCAUUACAUUGUUUCUGAUUCUGAUAGGUCUAAAGGAGAAAAUUCCCUUUUGACAUAAUUACAAACUUAACUCUAUUUGGGAUAACAAGGUGUAGAGCUGGAUGAACACAGCAGGCCAAGCAGCAUCAGAGGUGCAGGAAGGCUGACAGAAGAGUCUAGGCCCGAAAUGUCACCCUUCCUGCUCCUCUGCUGCGGCUUGACCUGCUGUGUUCAUCCAGCCCUACACCUUGUUAUCUCAGAUUGUCCAGCAUCUGCACUUCCUAUUAUCUCUCUCUAACUCUAUAUUUGGGAAGCCUUCUUAAAAUCUAAAGUUCAAACUUUUUAAUUAAUGUAUCCUUUUCCAAAUUGACAAUUUUAUAUCUUUCCUGUUAUUCAAAGAGGAGAUUGAGAAUUUGCUUUGUUUUGUAAAAGAGUUCAAAUAAAAGUGAACCAGUGAAGCUCAUUCUGGAGUAUUCAAAUUCAUUUAAUUGUCUCAUCAUGAAAGGUAAUGCUUUGACAUAUGAUUGACCUCAUCUUUUUAAGUAGAAAUAAUAUAGCUGUAUUUCUAACUAACUUACAGAUUGAACAUCAUCUUUAUCUGGGAAUAAUUUUGUGUCUUCACCUUAAUUAUUUCUACCACUAGUACUGCAGUUAUUUUAGAGCAUUCAGAUGCAUUAUCAUUGGGAACUAAAUUUGAAAACAGUAAGCAUGUUUUCUUCCAUCUGCUCCAUUCUUCCCCUUGUCCUGACAUCAGUAGUUGAUCACCAACAGAUGAAACUAAGAUGUAAAAAUUAGGGAUCUUGGUAUGUGGAAAGAAUUGUGUAUUUCCUUAUAACCUAUUACAUAAGCUGUUGGUUGGUCAUCUUUCAUACAUUGUAGAGGUUUAUGUAUAUGUGCACUCUGUGAGUAUACUUCCCACUUCUGUGCAUCUCUUUUUAAUGUAUGAUCAGUUAAGGCUUGUUACUUUCAAAAUUGAUAACAUAAUUUUAUUAGGCUGUGAUUUUUGGUUUUUUUUUGUAGAACAAAUUAGGUUAAGAAUAGUCAGAUAUCUAAACUGGCCAAAGUGCUGUUACUGUGAGUUGGAAAAUGGUUGGCAUGCCAGGACCUGUAACUUGCAAUUUUGCCAUCUGAAAAUUAUGAUGCCCAAGACAAUGUUUUCCCAGACACCAAUGUGCCAACUAUCAAGUUUAUUAUAUCAAGUUUACAUUAAUGUUGAAGGGAACAGUGGUGGUAGGUUACAGAAUGUAGGAGAGGAUGUUGGUGGACUAUAAAUGUGCCAUUCCUUUUUAAAACUCUUAUUAUUGGGAUUUAAUUGAUGAAUUAUGAGGGCUAUUCAGCAAUCUAGCUUUUAAACCAUUCCAUUUUACUAAUUAUAUAAUAGAAAAAGGAAAUAUUUGCAGUUAGUGCACAAUAUAAUUGAUGUAAAAAUCCUGAGCAAAUUGCCACCUACUUUUCAUUUCCUUGUGCUGAUUGACAAAAGUGCAAAUUACACUUCUUGGAGUUGGUGUGUAAUGAAGGGCAUGUUUGAUACUUGUAUCAAAUAUGCUUUUUUCAAAAAAAAAUUAUGAUUUAACAAUAAACUUGAAACAGUUGCAUUGACCAUUGAUAUUGUUAGAGUUUGGUCCAGCUGAUUACAAGUCAGUUUUAAUACCUGACUAAAAUUCAUGUCAAUAAAAAGGAUAAUUUAUCACUUUUAUUUUCAUUUUAUAAAUAUAAAAUACGUACUAACUUGGACAUGACUGCUUUUGGAAUACAUAAUUCGGAAUUGACCAAUCAUGAUGAAAUAUUGUGUGCAAAGGCAGUUAACUGAGAGCAUAAAUGGUUCUGAUGUGUGUGCAGAGAUUUGAAAUUUCAAUUCUCUUCAGUAUGAAAUUUAGAAUUAAAUAAAUACUAGUGACUCAGCAUAAGCUUUUCUGUUGAAUCUUUUUAUCAAAUUGCUUAAUGAUAUGUAUCCACUAAAAUAUUAACUAUUGUACUUUAUAAUUACAAGCGUUAAAGAAAAGGCUGGUGUAAAUUAAUUAUCAAGCCACUUGGUUAAUAAUCCAUUACCCUCACUGAAGAAUCAUGUUAACAUGUGGUUGUUUGGCUUGCAGAGCUGGUUCGUUGUUCCGCAUAUAUGUAGACUUCAGAAAAAUCUGAGUUUCUGCAGAUGCUACAUGGAGUUUUCAUGGAAGAUUAAAGCAACGUUGGGUUCAAGUACUCAUACUUGUUGCAUGAUCACAAUAUUAUCGUGAAUAAAAAGCAAAGUUAAUUGUUAAGGAGUUCAACUUUUAGAAGUUUUGAAUUACCCUGUAAUAAAAGACAGCAAUUGUGUUACACAUUUCACACAUUAAUUUUAUUUAAAACACUUGAAUUAAAUCCUUUCAAAAUUUGGAAAUUGUAAUGGGGCACAUGGGAAUGAUACGAAAGAAACUGGCUAUGAUUGAAAUAGAACCCUUAGAUCCUACAGAUUGUUUUUUCUAAAUGUUGGUCGCCCAUCGCUCAUGUUCUGCAAGCCCAAAAGUGCUGGUCAUGUUGCAAAUAGCUGCUGCAUGUGUAACUCCUUGGGUAUUAUCUCAGGUUUGAGCCAUUAGAGGGUGGGUCAUUGAACUACAAGACCUGGCAUAUAUGUCUGGGACUGGGGAGAAAGGUGGGCAAAUGCAGACUUGGAUAGGUGAAUUGGGUGGGGACUUGGAGGUCCUGUGCCUAUGGGCUUAAUAGGGAGAACUAUCUGAAGUGUUUUGAUGUUUGGGGAGCUGGGCUGAGAGGUGGCAAAUGGAGUUUAAUGCAGACAAGUUUGAGGUUAUGCACUUUGGUAGGAGUAACCAGAAGGCAAAGUACAAGGCUAAUGGCAAGAUUCUUAGCAGUGUAGAUGAGCAGAGAGAUCUCGGUGUCCAUGUACACAGAUCCUUGAAAGUUGCCACCCAGGUUGACAGGGCUGUUAAGAAGGCAUACAGUGUUUUAGCUUUUAUUAAUAGAGGGAUCGAGUUCCAGAACCAAGAGGUUAUGGUGAAGCUGUACAAAACUCUGGUGCGGCCGCACUUGGAGUAUUGUGUACAGUUCUGGCCACCGCAUUAAAAGAAGGAUGUGGAAGCUUUGGAAAGGGUGCAGAGGAGAUUUACUAGGAUGUUGCCUGAUAUGGAGGGAAGGUCUUCCGAGGAAAGGCUGAGGGACUUGAGGCUGUUUUCAUGAGAGAGAAGAAGGUUGAGAGGUGACUUAAUUGAAACAUAUAAAAUAAUCAGAGGGCUAGAUGGGGUGGACAGGGAGAGCCUUUUUCCUAGGAUGGUGACGGCAAGCACGAGGGGGCAUAGCUUUAAAUUGAGGGGUGAAAGAUAUAGGACAGAUGUCAGAGGUAGUUUCUUUACUCAGAGUAGUAAGGGAAUGGAACGCUUUGCCUGCAACGGUUUUAGAUUCGCCAACUUUAGGUACAUUUAAGUCGUCAUUGGACAAGCAUAUGGACGUACAUGUAGUAGUGUCGGUUAAAUGGGCUUGAGAUCGGUAUGACAGGUCGGCACAACAUCGCGGGCUGAAGGGCCUGUACUGUGCUGUAAUGUUCUAUGUUAUAUGAUUCACCUAUAUGGCAAGGCAGAUAGAAAGAGACUUGCAUAAACGUGAUAGUCAGUAUUGAGCACAAAUUUGAAUUUAUUGUCACGUGCUCUGAAAUGAGUGCAGUGAAAAGUUUGUAAUGUUGUUUCUUUGGCCCCAACUUAGGUGAGGAUCCCUUGGUACAGCUACUUUGUUACAGAAUGGAAAGAGUAAAAAUAUAGUCUAGCAUAGGAAUAUAAAGUUUUAAAAAGUACUUCAAUUACUCAAAGUCAAGAAUAAAAGUAUCUUUGUAAAGUACUGGGACUACAGUCCUAUUCGCUGAGUCUGUGCCCACCAGGCUUCAGAACUCGAGGCCUCACUGCCUCCUCGUGCUGGUCCUGGCCCAGGACCCACCACCAGGACUAGUCUCCCUGGCAGGCCUGGACUCAGACUGCUUCCCGUGACUCGUCUCCCAGGCCGGCUUGAGCUUGGACCUGUUUACAAACAUUGAGUAUUUAACUAUGGUCAUCUCAUCUGUACCACCAAUGUCCCAUCAGUGCAUAUCAGCAUAUGCAAUAGGAUCAGGAAUAGGCUAUUCUGGCCUUCAAGCCUGCUCUGCCAUUCAAUAACAUGGCCCAUCUGCACCGCGCAUCCAUUCUUCUGGAUGAGGUGGUCCGAAGGGUCUGUUCCCAUGCUGUACACCUAUGUGACACUCUCAUUUUUAAAUACAUUUUCCCUUUUUCUAUAACCAUGUGCUGUAGUUUGAGAUUGCCUCACUAGUGGAAACAUCAGAGCAUCAUUUCUGUAAAGCCCCCCUCAAAUCUUGUGUUUCAAUAAGGUCACCCUUCCUUCUUCUAAAUUCCAAUAAAUAAAGGUCCAGCCUGUUUAGUUGUUCACAAUCAGUCAACUCCUUCAAUCCAGAAAGAUUGUCUGUCUUUUUUUUUCCCCUCCCCGUAUGUCUCAGCAUAGUCGCUGGGUCUGCGGCUGUGGUGGAGGGAACCUGCCAUUGAGUAUGUCUAGUGAUAUGCUGAGUGUGUCCUUGCCAGAGGCAAGUGCCCCUCCUCACCUUGCACUCCUCUAGGGAUGAGGGUGCCAGACAGGAUGGAGGUGAAAGGCAGUGCUAUUUGUGGAGUCCCUUGUGAGAGAUCUCUGGGGGUCUUAGGUGUAGUUCCUCUAGCUGGGUGCCAACUGGCACUUUCUUGUUCCUCCUUGUAAAGAAGGGGCACCUUGUGUGAUGUCAGAGUCCCUGGUCCUCCUGCCACCUUGCCAUUGGUGCUGGGGAUCCAAUAGCUAUUAUAAUGGAGUGUACAGUUGCCCACGAAUCCACACCCUGAGACUGUUGGACCUGGCUGUCCAAGGCAGCUACCAACCUGUUCAUGAAGGCAUCCAGACAAUUGCAUACUAGAGACUGCAGAUUUCCUGUGGUGUUGCUGCAUUCCAGCAGCAGUUGUUCUCUCAUGUUCAUUCUACAAACACCCUGACAAAAAAAAGAGGGUGUUUGGGUUUGUGUGUGUAAGAGAAGAUGUUGUAUGCAACAGUGAAAUUAAUACAAGAUGAGCCUUGGUAAGAGGAGCAGGAGCAGAGAUAGUGAGUGUGUGUGAGAGAGGUAGUAGAGAAGUUGGUGGCACUUAACCUGGGUGGAGCAGAAGAGGUUAUUGACCUUCCCCCUGCUCUGCUGGGCAUUCCUCUAAACUUCAAAAAUUGCAUUGACUGAGAUAGUGACCCCCAGACCAAGCAGGCAAGUUUGAUAACAUUGUCUCCUCUGGCAGUCCUUGCGUGACGAGAACAUCCUUCCUCUCCGAUGUCACCCAGCAGGAGCCCAGGCUCUGUGGCUGUUAAGCAGAGUGCCGAUUUCAUUCAUAAAGUCAGGAGGUAUGGGAUACAGGGUGAUCUGGCUGUCUGGAUUCAGAAUUGGCUGGCUGACAGGAGGCAGAGAGUGGUUGUAGAUGGUAAGUAUUCUGCCUGGAGGUCACUGCUGAGUGGUGGUCCGCAGGGCUCUGUUCUUGGGCCUCUGCUCUUUGUAGUUUUUAUAAAUGACUUGGAUGAGGAGGUUGAGGGGAGGGUUAGUAUGUUUGCUGAUGACACAAAGGUUGGAGGUGCCAUUGAUAGUAUCGAGGGCUAUUGCACGCUUCAGCGAGACAUUGACAGUAUGCAGAGGUGGGCUGAGAAAUGGCAGAUGGAGUUCAACCUGGAUAAGUGCGAAGUGAUGCAUUUUGGAAGGUCGAACUUAAAUGCUGAAUAUAGGAUUAAAGGCAGGAUUCUUGGCAGUGUGGAGGAACAGCGGGAUCUUGGUGUUCAAGUGCAUAGCUCCCUCAAAGUUCCCACCCAAGUGGAUAAGGUUGUUAAGAAGGCAUAUGGUGUUUUGGCUUUCAUUAACAGGGGAAUUGAGUUUAAGAGCCGUGAGGUUAUGCUGCAGCUCUACAAAACCCUGGUGAGACCACACUUGGAAUAUUGUGUCCGGUUCUGGUCGCCCUAUUAUAGGAAAGAUGUGGAGGCUUUGGAGAGGGUGCAAAGGAGGUUUACCAGGAUGCUGCCUGGACUGGAGGGCUUGUCUUACGAGGAGAGGUUGACUGAGCUCGGACUUUUCUCUCUGGAGAGAAGGAGGAAGAGAGGUGACCUGAUCAAGGUGUACAAGAUAAUGAGAGGCAUGGGUAGAGUUGAUAGCCAGAGACCUUUUCCCAGGGCAGGAUUGACUGCCACAAGGGGUCAUAGUUUUAAGGUGUUAGGAGGAAGGUAUAGAGGAGACGUCAGAGGGACGUUCUUCACCCAGAGAGUUGUGAGCGCAUGGAAUACUUUGCCAGUGGUAGUCGUGGAAGCGGAGUCAUUAGUGACAUUUAAGCGACUGCUGGACAAUGCACAUGGACAGCAGUGAAUUGAGGGGAAUGUAGGUUAGGUUAUUUUAUUUUUGGAUUAGGAUUAUUCCGCGGCACAACAUCGUGGGCCGAAGGGCCUGUACUGUGCUGUACUUUUCUGUGUUCUAUGUUCUUUCCCUUCAUCUACCCUCACGUGUGAACCAGCUCCAGAAAGCCUGCACUUGCCCAGCUGCGCAAAUGGCUUUUGUUUAAUUUUCUAUUUAGUUGUUCAGAAAUGUUAUCACACAUCUCUGGGGCAAGUGGGACAUGAACAUGGGCCCCUUGGUACAGAGCUAGUGACCCUACCACAGUCUGCAAGAACCGUACUAAUGGUCUUUUUGAAUUGGCACCAGUGCCAGGGAUGGCUGUCAUUUGUGAUAUCCCAACAGUGACCAGAAACUCCUGUGAAUGGAAGAAUCAAGCUGGUGUCACUAACUAAUAUGACGUGUUUGGGAUGAUAAUGCAAGAAAUCUCACCAUGCCUCAUGGAGCGAAACGCUCCAUGAAACUCAACAAAAUUGACAUUGUCAAAUUAUGAAAUUCAGCCCACUGUUUGAGGUAGUAUCUUUUUUAAAAAUUGCAACUUAUUCAUAAAAUGGAUGUAAGUUGUGCUCAAACUGAUAUUUGUGAAGGACAGCUGUAUCGAUGUUUUACAUUUUAACCAACCUAAGAUCUUGGAUCUUUAACAAUCAUGGUGGUUAAUAGAAAAUACCAAUGAUAAGCCAAGUAUUGACUAAUACAGUCUUUUAUGAUGACUUAUACAGUGACCCUAAUUUUCAUUUUCCAAUUAAAUGCAAUUAAAAUUGCUUGUUGGAACGUCUACGCACACUUGAUCCAUUACUAUGUACUGCUCGGUUUAAGAUGAAUGAACAAAUAAAAUAAACAAAAAACACCAAGUUGAAUGCUGCAAGAAAGUAAUAAUAAUAAUAAUAAUAAGUAACAUUUAAAAAACCUGACCGAGACCAAAGCAGCAUAAAAUUCUUAUCUUCUAUUGCACAAGCAUUUUGACUUUUUAGUGCCUUGAUUUCUUAAAAUUGUACAUCUCAGGUCAGCUCAAUAAUUUAUUUUUCAUGAUUUGUUCCCCAUCCUGUGUAGGAAUAUAAAACAAGCACAACACAAUGAGAUUAAUAAAUAAUGAAUGGUGUGAUGAUGUUGCACUUUGAUUUGCCUUUGAAAGAAUAAGAAUGGUUCAUACUUUCACUCUGGCACUUGUAUCAUAAUUCAAUAGGACAAAUGGUCAUCUUGUACCUCUUGAU